AUGGAUAAAUUUAAUGCUAACACUGAUGGCCAUAUUGGUGAGGAUUCUUUUGAAUCACCUACUGUUAAAACAACAGGAGACAAACCAAAGACUAUUCAUGUGGCACACAGAAGAUCUCCUUCUGAAUUGACCACUUUGAUGCUUGAACAAUUGAGUCUACAACGUCAAUUAGAAAUUGUCCAAGCUCAACAGCAACAGAUUCUUCAACAACAACAACAACAACAACAACAAAGCGGCGGGACCUCUAAUUUUGGUUAUCAAAAUAUGCUCCAACCUCCUCCAAGUUUAGGCCAACCUCAAAAUUCAAAUAGGAGUAACCACCAUCGGAAAACUUCUUCAUCGUUUCAGAAGGAGACCGAAUAUGGAACCCCAAGAAGUCAUAGACGAUCCCAAUCUUCUGUUACCUCGGUUGGCAGUAUUCCAUUCUCCAAGACUGAUUCAAGACCUCAGGCCCUGGGACAUACAAGAAGACACUCUUUGGGUUUAGCUGAAGCUAAAAAGGCUGCAGCUGAAGCUCAUGCACAAAGGUAUAAUUCUCCUUCUAAACUGUCGAUUGAGUCAUCUCAGGUGAAUCUUAACGAAAACGAAAGUACCCCUCCAAGCUUUAAGUUCCCUGGAUCUCCAAACUUGAGCUCUAAUGAAGCAGAGUUUUCGACUCCACCAGCCAAUUACCACUCGAGAACUAGAUCAAGCCUGUCUGGUGAUAAAUCUCCUCAAAGGGGCUUUCAAUUCCCUCCAAAGGAUCAAAACCAAUUGCUACAACCUCCGCAACCUUCCUUUUCUGGCUCUCAUGUUAGAACAGGCUCUGAUUUAAGUUCCAAUUGGAGGAAACCUACAUCGAAUAAUCAAUCAAGCCCUUCUUCUUAUCAUCAUCACAAUAAUUCUCAAAGUUUCGAGUCCUCCAAUUUCUUACCUGGUCAUAGACCAAGAAAUUCCUACGGCGGUUCAAUCUCUUCAGUUUCUCAAUAUAAUAACAACAACCAAGGUCAGAGAAAAUCAUUAUUUGCUCCCUAUUUACCUCAAAAUUCUUUACCUGAUCUAAUUAAUGAAGGUAAAUUAGUUACAGGUGUUUUGAGGGUCAAUAAGAAAAACAGAUCAGAUGCUUAUGUUUCAGCUGAAGGUUUGUUGGAUGCUGAUAUAUUUAUCUGCGGUUCUAAAGAUCGUAAUAGGGCGCUCGAAGGUGAUACUGUUGCUGUCGAGUUGUUAGUUGUCGAUGAGGUUUGGUCAUCUAAACGUGAGAAGGAGGAGAAGAAGAGAAGAAAGGAUACUAAAUCAAACUUUGAUAUUGCUGAUGAUGUUCAUAACGAUGCAAGCACCUCAUCCACUGAUCCUUCACACAGCAAUUCAGGCUCUUUGAAUAGAAAAGGUUCCUUAAAGCAAAGACCAAUUCAAAAGAAGAACGAUGAUCUUGAAGUUGAAGGUCAGUCAUUAUUGUUGGUGGAAGAAGAGGAAAUCAACGAUGAUGCAAAACCUCUAUAUGCUGGUCACGUUGUUGCUGUUAUUGACCGUAUCCCAGGCCAACUUUUCUCUGGCACUCUAGGUUUGUUGAGACCUUCACAGGCUGCAAAGAAAGAGAAGGAAAGAGAAGAAAAUGGUGGUGAUUUCUCCAAAAAUGAACAUAAACCUAAACCCAAACCUAAAAUUGUUUGGUUCAAACCAAUUGAUAAAAAAGUUCCUUUGAUUGCAAUUCCAACUGAGCAGGCGCCUAAAGAUUUUGUUGAGAACCAUGAAAAAUACGCCAACCAAACUUUUAUUGCAUCCAUUAAAAGAUGGCCAAUUACUUCAUUACAUCCAUUUGGUACCUUGGUUUCGAGAUUAGGUGCCACUGAUGAUAAAUCUGUAGAAGUUGAAUCUAUUUUGAGAGAUAAUAAUUUUAUGUGUGAUGAGUACCUUGACGGCGAGGAGAAGUAUAUGCUCGAUUUUCCAACAAGUGACUAUAUCUUAGCCAAGAGACCAAGAAAAGAGUUUGAUGAUUAUGUAAUUGCCUGUUCCCAAAACGGUCAGUUUUCUGAUCAUGCGUUCCACGUCAGAGGUGUAUCCGAUAAUACCAUCGAGCUAGGUGUCCAUAUUGUAGAUGUUAGUGAGUAUGUUCAAAACGGUACUAACUUAGACAAAAGGGCAAAGAAGAGGUCACACGGAGUCUUUUUACCUCAAAAAUCUGUCAAUUUAUUCCCUGAUACUAUUAACAAAAUGAUUUCAUUCCAAGAAAAUGUUAGAUCACCUGCAUUAUCCGUCAUUUUCACUAUCGAUUCACUAACGUUUGAAAUUGAAAAUGUGUGGAUGGGAGAAACCUCAGUCAAACCCACUACAAGAACUGAAUACUCUGAAAUUGAUAAGAUACUUGAGAAACUAGAAGUUGCCGAUUCAUCUGAUAACCAAAAUGCCUUGUCUAGUUAUUUUGCAACUCUAUCUCUAAUUGCUUUAAGAUUAAAGGAAAAACGCCUCAAUAACCCGAAGCUGUCCAGCAAUAGGAUGUUGCCUCUUUUGGAUCAACUUGAUGAUGAAAGAGUUAAAUUAUCUUUGAAUAUCUACGAAAACAUCAAGUCAGCUUCCAUUUUGGAUGAAAUUUUCCAUACUGUCAAUGCAGCUGUUGCCCAAAAAAUUCAUUCAGCUUUAGGCGACCUUGCGUUUCUAAGAAAAUUUCCUAUUCCGACGUUAACUAAGUUUGAGUAUUACCAGAGUAAGAUAGCUGAGCUUGGUGUUCAUUUAGACACCACAAACGCUGGUAGUUUUCAAAAUUCUAUUUUAGCAAUAGAAGAUCCAAUUAAAAGAGAGGCCGUCGAAACUAUUCUAGUUAAAUGUAUGGGUAGAGGUAAGUACACUAUUGCAGGAAAAUGUGAUCAAGAAUUAGCUCAUUAUCUUUUCAAUUUACCAACAUAUACCCAUUUUAAUGCUCCAUUGAGAAGGUAUGCAGAUAUCAUUGUUCAUAGACAACUGAAGCAUAUUAUAAACAACUCUGUUGAUUCCUAUACCGAAGAUGUAAACUCGUUAAAGGUGAUUAGUGACUAUUGUAAUUUCAAGAAAGAUUGUGCAACAGCAACCCAAGAACAAGCUAUUCAUUUAUUGUUAUGCCAAACGAUAAAUGACAUGUCUUCUAAAACUGGCCAAGUUCUUUGUAAAGGUGUUGUCUUACAAGUUUACGAGUCUGCGUUUGAUGUUUAUCUACCUGAAUUUGGUAUUGAGAAGAGAGUUCACGGUGAUCAACUACCACUAACAAAGGCAGAAUUUGAUAAACAUAACAAAAUACUAAAGUUAUUCUGGGAUCCAAAUGUUGACGCAGCAACUUUUGUUCCUGAGGAUGAAAACGAGCCGUUAUCGUACAGAAAUUCAAUUAAAAAUAAAUUUAGAGUCUCAUCUGAAAAUGCAGCAAGAGCUCAAGAUGAAUCUGUUUCAAAAGAGUCCGGUUUAUUAAGUGAUGAGAUGUACAAUAAGCUAACGAAACUAAAAUUAACUCCACCGAAAAUUGAUAUCCUUAUACCCAAAGAAGGUGAAGAUCCAUUAGCUCCUUACAUUAAACCAUUAUCGACAAGAAUUGAAGGAAAUAAUCAUAUGCAAGAUAUUAAACUACUUGAUACAGUUCCUGUUAUUCUUAGAGCGGAAAUUGGUAUGUCGCUACCGUGUUUGACUGUUCGUGUUUUGAACCCGUUCUACAAGGAACGCAAGUAA